UGUUGAUGGUGUCCAUCAUCUGUAAAAUAGAUUAAAAUCUAAUACCAAAAAUGAAAACAAUGUGGAAUGGAACUUUCCUAACAAUUAUUUAUAGAUAAGUACUUUCAUACCACCACGGCUCAAGAUGCGGUAACCUUUGGUGACCUAACUCUCGAUAUGAAAAUAAAAUAAUAGUAGUAGAAACUCCUCUCGAUGAAUAUUACGUCUUUAUAUUCCGUUAUCUCAAGACGUACGUGUUAAUUUCAGUGAUUUAUUUGCAUAUACUUUAGAUAUAAAAUACUUAUGUCUUCAGAAAGGUAUCAACUAUGGGGUGGAUGUUUCGAAGAAGAGCCGAGCUCAGUACUGCGUAGACUAAACGACUCUCUCCCUGUGGACUUCCGAUUAUUUCACGAGGAUAUCCGCGGCAGUCAAGCAUGGGCCCACGAGCUACAUCGCAGUGGCCACCUCUCUGACGAUGACUACUACGCCAUAGAAAAUGGUUUACGCGAAGUAGAAAAAGAAAUAGAAGAAGAACUAUACAAAAAUGGUAAAUUAAACGAUACUGAGGAGGAUAUACACUCGGUGGUGGAGCGGCGACUGUGCAAACAUGCAGGUGACGCUGCCCUACGCCUACAUACCGCACGUAGCCGCAACGACCAAUCGGCGUCAGACGUCAGGCUUUGGAUGUUAAACUCCACGGGGAGACUCUAUGCUACAUUAAAAGAACUUAUUCAGGUAUUAGUAAACAGAGCAGAAAAGGAAAUUAACAUUAUCGUUCCUGGAUAUACUCAUCUUCAGCGAGCUCAACCUGUACGAUGGAGUCAAUUUCUGUUAAGUUACUUGUGGUUGUUUCGGGAUGAUAUAAUAAGACUGGAGGAGCAAAGAACACGUUUAUCGCGUUGUCCACUCGGCAGUGGAGCUAUUGCGGGCUGCGCUCUUUCAAUUGAUAGGAAGAAACUCGCUCACCACCUUGGUUUUGAUGAUAUCACUCCAAAUUCCAUGUUUGCUGUUGGGUCUAGAGAUUAUAUAGUGGAAUUUCUUAACUGGUCAUCGCUAUGCGGGUCGCACCUCAGUAGGCUAGCAGAAGACUUAAUUAUCUACGGUUCCCGGGAGUUCGGAUUUAUUUCCUUCUCCGAUCAAUUUUCUACCGGAUCUAGCUUGAUGCCUCAAAAACGAAAUCCGGACGGCUUAGAACUAGUUCGAGGAGCUUCCGGUCUCUUGCUAGGAGACAGUUUAGCAUUUAGUUGUGUACUAAAAGGAUUACCAAGUACAUACAAUAAAGAUUUGCAAUCUGAUAAGGAGCUGCUGUUUAGAUCUUACGACAAACUGACUGACUGUCUCAAGGUUAUGACUGGGACUGUCGCUACAAUGCAAGUAAAUUCCGAAAGAGCACUACAGUCGUUAGAGCCCGGAAUGCUGGCGACAGACCUUGCACAUUUGUUAGUCCGCCGCGGGGUGCCGUUUCGACGUGCACACCACUAUGUUGGGAUGGCUUUGCGUCGUGCUACCGCCCUGGGUGUAAACAUACGAGAGUUGCCUCAUCAAGAAUAUUCAGCCAUCUGUUCAGAUUUCGGAACGGAGGCAGAUCUUCAAACAGUCUUCUCUUGGGAAACGAGCGUGGAGCAAUAUACCAGCACUGGCGGAACAGCAAAAUCGGCUGUGGAAGAACAAUUGAUAUUGUUGAACUCUUGGCUACGAAAUCAUUCUUGGCCAUGUCGUUCCUAAAGAAAAGAAUAAACUUUUAAUAAUU